AUGGAUAAGGAAGAUGGAGGUUUAGGAUUAAUAAACCCAAUUGUUUAUGCUGUUUCUUUGAAUUUGUAUAGCAUUUUAUUUUGGAUAAACUGUAAAAAUGAAAACUACCUGGUGAUGCCUUUCAUGGGAACCGACCUUGGCAAGAUAAUGAAGCAUGAGAAAUUAACUGAAGAUCGUAUCCAGUUCCUUGUUUAUCAAAUCUUAAAAGGCCUUAAGUAUAUCCACUCUGCAGGGAUUAUACACCGGGAUCUCAAGCCUGGAAACCUAGCAGUAAAUGAAGAUUGUGAAUUAAAGAUACUGGACUUUGGGUUGGCACGACAUGCUGACACAGAAAUGACAGGCUACGUGGUCACCAGGUGGUACAGAGCCCCAGAGGUUAUUCUAAACUGGAUGCAUUAUACUCAGACAGUUGAUAUCUGGUCGGUCGGCUGUAUUAUGGCAGAGAUGAUUACUGGACGAACACUCUUCAAAGGAAACGAUCAUCUGGACCAACUGACAGAGAUAAUGAAAGUUACUGGUACACCAACUCAGGACUUUGUUCAAAAGCUACAGAGUCAAGAAGCAAAAAAUUACAUUAAGUCUCUACCAAAAGUGCAGAAGAAGGACUUUGCAGCUUUUCUGAAAUAUGCUUCCCCCUUAGCUGUAAAUUUCCUGGAAAAGAUGCUGGUAUUAGAUGCUGAGAAGCGUAUUACAGCAGCAGAAGCACUGGCCCAUCCGUACUUUGAACAAUUCCGAGAGCCGGAUGAAGAAACGGAAGCAGAAACAUACGAUGAUACAUUGGAUAAUAUGACUCUACCUCUUGCUGAAUGGAAACGACACACGUAUAUGGAAUUGAUUACUUUUGUGCCCCCACAGCAAUCUGAAUCAAAGGAAACAGCAGUGUGACCUCAGGAGUCAAAUUUGUCUCAAGUCAAACAAAUUGAGCUGGAUGUACAUUUUUAACACAAAUUAUAGUUGUAAAUGUUUGAUUUGUAAAUUGGAUGUAAUCUUUUCUGUUCAUAUAUAUUUCAAUUAUUUGUAUUAUGUGGGGUAGAGACUUUUGAAACUACAGUACCUUUGUCAUGGAAUGCUUGAAUUUAAGUACACAGUAAGUCACUAGGCCAUUGCUGGUGUCUUCCUAAUAAUCAAAGGUCGUGGCAUCUUUCUGUUGCUUGAUGUGUCUGCCUACAGAAUACUUAUGUAUAUUGUUAUAAAAUUCUAAAUAGUGACCUGUAGAUAUGAGGGAUACAAUAUACUGUAGUCAUAUUCAAACUGUCUUACUGCUCUGUAGAGUCGCAUCACAUCCAUACUCCCUGCAAUCCUUAGCCACAGCAGAGAUGUAGAUUUAAUGCAGACACAAAGACAGAGAGACAGCAGGUUUAUGUAUCCUUAACACCACCAACACACACACACACACACACACAUGCAAAUGAACCCACUGCCCUGUAGCUUAUGUCUGAAUGACCAGCGUUAUGUCCUGUAGCUUAUGUCUGAAUGACCAGCGUUAUGUCCUGUAGCUUAUGUCUGAAUGACCAGCGUUAUGUCCUGUAGCUUAUGUCUGAAUGACCACCGUUAUGUCCUGUAGCUUAUGUCUGAAUGACCAGCAUUAUGCUGCAGUCAAGUGGGUAGUGCCAAACAUCAAAUCAAUAUCAUCAUAGCUUUCUGUCGUAAAACACAUUUGGUGAAAACAAUGCAACUAAUCACUUCAAUGGUUAUUUAAAGAGCACCCAAAGCACACCAGUCCAAGGCAUAAUUCCCUUACUAUUUGUUAGCAAAAGCAGGAAUGUUUGAAACUCCUUGGCUAUUGCUGUGACGCUGAGGUUUAUAAGUUUUAAACUACCAGUUGCUAUCUCCCAGGAAUGGUACCUCAUAGGAUCAUAGGACGUUACUAGACUAUUGGCCCUGAGGCCCUUAUAAGCCUAGCCAAGAGUUUAGCCCACUCACAGGCAUAUUUAAUAAUGAGUUGAUUAGGAGAUGCAAGCUUUGUCUAUAAGACUCAAGAGAGUUUUGCCCCCACAUUCUUAUUUCUGCUUUACAAAAUCUAUUAUUUUGAACCACGUUUGUAAAUGUUGACUUUAGGGGUACAGCAGUCAGAAAUGUAUGUAUCAAAUUAAUGUACAAUGGGAAAUGUUUAUAUAGUUGCAUGUGAUAUAUGUUCAUUGAGAGUCAUGAAAAGAACAGUCAGCAUUGGAGAAAGAGAUUUAUGCAAAUACAACACUAUUCAGUAACAUCUGAGAGGGUGAAAAUGACUGGCUUUAAAUAAAGGUAACAAUAGUCUGGCUGUAGCCUGCUCCAUCAUCAACCAAAUCAAGAUUGUUUUUCUUUUAGCCUUUAGUCGUUAAUCUUUCCAUCUUGUCUUUACUUGGUCUAUAUAAAGAAUAUAUGCUUUGGAACUAACCCCAAUGUGUUUUACAGCAAAACUGUACAUGUAAGAAUUUAUACACAAACGAUUUGUGCAACACAAAUUUACAUUUGUUACCACUUGGUUUAGUGCUCCUUGUCAGAACUGGGCCCACAGUGUUUUGCAAGAGUACCAGACUUUCAGAAAUGUGUAGUUCUGAUUGCCUUGAGGACACAGAACAAAAUUACUUAUAGAAUAUGUAGGUAGACCUUAAAAGUAAUCGAGCCUUAAAUGGUUAUUUACUAAUCUGCUCACACCGACUGCUUAGAGAACUUAAACUGCCUGCUCUAUUUUGAGAUCUUUUACAUGUUUGGUUCAAGUGACCCAUCAUCAGACUACAAUGCUGCGCUCAAUAUUAGCACAUUUUAGUGCCACAUCCAACCCAAAGUAUUACAUAUAUAUUUUUUUUUGUUGAUGUUUAUAAUAGCAAAUGUUCUUGGAAAGUACAAGUAUUUAGUUUGCUAUCAUUUCUUGAAGACUAUAGUGCCUUUGAUUACCUCAGAUAACUGCAGACAAACUCUCGUUAGCUUUGCCUUUUUAUACUGAAUUGUGCCAUUUAUGAAAACUGUGUCACGGGGUUCUUUAAUUUCAAAAUCUGCUUUUUCAAGCUCCUUUUAGUUAAUAGUGUAAAUAUAUUCAUUGAUGUAUAAUUUCUUUCUGAAUACCAAAACUUGUCUGAUUUUUUUCUGUCACACUUUUCUUUCAGAAAAUGGUACUGCAAGCGGGUGUAUUUGAUGGGGGCUUUUUGCAAAUAAACUUCUAUGGGGGUGACCUCAGUAUAAAGAAA